UUGUCUCCUGCUUAUUGUGGCGGCGCCACCAGACUGCCGGAUUGCCAUUUUGGUAAAGGGAACCGUCUCCUUUGAGGUCGCUUGUCACGAUGGCUUCAAGAUUGGGCAACGAGGAAGCCAGUCUACUCUACGUGCCAUGCCGGGAUGCGGUCCGUAUAGCCGUAACAUAUCCUUGAUCAAGGAGUUCUGAGAUAGGCAGCAUACAUUUGCAAAGGUAUAAAGAGCUCGAUCCUCCCCUAUGUUCAUCAUCACAGCAUUCGCAUUCAUCACAGCAGAACUCAGAAGCCCAAGAGCUCAAACAGUGAAUCGCAAUGUCUUCCUUUCAGAUCUACCGAGCAGCUCUGCUGCUCUCCAUUCUUGCCACUGCCAAUGCUCAGCAGGUUGGAACCUACACCACUGAGACGCAUCCGUCUCUGACUUGGCAAACCUGCACCAGCAGUGGCAGCUGCACUACCAACAACGGCGCGGUGGUCAUUGAUGCCAAUUGGCGCUGGGUGCACUCGACCUCCAGCUCCACCAACUGCUACACCGGCAACGAGUGGGACACCUCGAUCUGUACCGACGAUGUGACCUGCGCUGCGAACUGCGCGCUCGAUGGUGCCACCUAUGAGGCGACCUACGGUGUGACCACGUCCGGCGACGAGCUGCGCCUGAACUUCGUCACCCAGGGCUCCAGCAAGAAUAUUGGAUCCCGGCUGUACCUCAUGAGCGACGACAGUACCUAUGAGAUGUUCAAGCUCCUCGGCCAGGAGUUCACCUUUGACGUGGAUGUGUCCAACCUCCCCUGUGGUCUCAACGGCGCGCUGUACUUCGUCGCCAUGGACGCUGAUGGCGGCACCUCAGAGUACUCUGGCAACAAGGCCGGCGCCAAAUACGGUACCGGAUACUGCGACUCGCAGUGCCCCCGCGACUUGAAGUUCAUCAAUGGCGAAGCCAACUGCGACGGCUGGGAGCCCUCUAGCAACAACGCCAACACCGGUGUUGGCGACCACGGCUCCUGCUGCCCUGAGAUGGACGUCUGGGAAGCGAACAGCAUCUCCAACGCCUUUACCGCACACCCAUGCGACUCCACCAGCCAGACCAUGUGCGACGGAGACUCCUGCGGUGGAACUUACAGCGCCAGCGGCGACCGCUACAGCGGCACUUGCGACCCCGACGGCUGCGACUACAACCCCUACCGUCUGGGUAACACGGACUUUUACGGCCCUGGCCUGACCGUCGACACGAACAGCCCCUUCACGGUCGUCACCCAGUUCAUCACCGACGACGGCACCUCCUCCGGUACCCUGACCGAGAUCAAGCGGUUGUACGUGCAGAAUGGCAAGGUCAUCGCCAACGGCGCUUCCACCUACUCCAGCGUCAACGGCAGCUCGAUCACUUCCGAUUUCUGUGAAUCACAGAAGACUCUGUUUGGCGAUGAGAACGUGUUUGACACGCACGGCGGUCUCGCGGGCAUGGGCGAGGCUAUGGCAAAUGGAAUGGUCUUGGUCUUGAGUUUGUGGGAUGACUACGCCGCUAACAUGCUCUGGCUCGACAGCGACUAUCCCGUUAACUCGUCGGCCUCGACACCGGGUGUGGCUCGCGGUACUUGUAGCACUGACUCGGGUGUCCCGGCUACUGUGGAGGCGGAGUCGCCUAAUGCGUAUGUUACGUACUCGAACAUUAAGUUCGGGCCCAUUGGCUCGACUUACUCCAGUGGGUCAUCUUCGGGGUCGGGGUCUAGCUCCAGCUCCAGCUCUACUACCACGAAGGCGACUUCGACGACCUUGAAGACUACCACGACGACCAGCAGCGGUAGCAGUUCGACCUCGGCGGCGCAGGCAUAUGGACAGUGUGGUGGACAGGGCUGGACGGGUCCGACCACUUGUGUGAGUGGAUACACUUGCACAUAUGAGAAUGCGUACUACUCGCAGUGUCUGUAGACAGUGCCUGAAGGGGGAUGAAGAAGCAGUGUGGGGGGAUUAGUUAGUGAACGGUAGUUAGCACACGUACUACAAUUUAGUUAAGAUUACUAGGGAGCAAUAUGACAUGAUCACUUGACGCCGAA